CGUCGAACUGCGGCAUGUGUGCGGGACAUGGGCGUGGCGCAUCGAGGGCGAGCGCCGAGGCAUGAGCGCCGGAGAUGAGAUGGCACGGCGGGGCUGGGCGAGGCCCGCUCGACGUCAUGCUCGUCCGCUUGGCCGGCAGCAGCAGCAGGCAGCGAGCGCCUCCUCCGACGACGGCGGACAGCGCGCAACACGAGGGUGCAGUGACGGGCAGGCUCACACGCCUGUCUCCCUCCGUCACCGCCCACGGCUUGCGGUGAACGUGCUGCGCCCUC